AUGGCUGACCCAGCGCAAUCUAACAGCGAUGGAGAGGAGAGAAGCGCCCCAAUGAGAGGUUUUGCCCGUCAAGGUGCCCUGAGACAGAAGAAUGUGCAUGAAGUGAAAAAUCACAAGUUUAUCGCUCGCUUUUUCAAGCAGCCGACGUUCUGCAGCCACUGCACGGACUUCAUCUGGGGAUUCGGGAAACAGGGAUUUCAGUGUCAAGUGUGCUGCUUUGUGGUGCACAAACGCUGCCAUGAGUUUGUCACUUUCUCCUGCCCCGGUGCAGAUAAAGGACCCGCGUCAGACGACCCGCGCAGUAAGCACAAGUUUAAGGUGCACACGUACUCCAGCCCCACCUUCUGUGACCACUGUGGAUCCCUGCUCUACGGGCUCAUUCACCAGGGCAUGCGAUGUGACCACUGCAUGAUGAACAUCCAUAAGCGCUGUGUGGCCAACGUGCCCAGUUUGUGUGGCACUGAUCACACUGAGAGAAGAGGACGCAUCUACAUCUCAGCCGAGAUUAAGAACAACGUGUUGACCGUCAGCAUCAAAGAGGCGAAAAACCUGGUACCCAUGGAUCCAAACGGCCUGUCUGACCCCUACGUCAAGCUGAAACUCAUCCCUGACCCAAAGAGCGAGAGCAAACAAAAAACCAAAACCAUCAAGUGUUGCCUGAACCCAACCUGGAACGAGACCUUUACAUUCAAACUGAAGGAGCCUGAUAAGGACCGUCGUCUGUCAGUGGAAGUGUGGGACUGGGAUCUGACCAGCAGGAAUGACUUCAUGGGCUCUCUGUCCUUCGGCAUAUCUGAGCUGCAGAAACAGGGAGUGGACGGCUGGUUUAAGCUGCUCAGUCAGGAGGAAGGGGAGUACUUUAACGUACCUGUGGCACCUGAGGGUGAAGAGGCCACUGAAGAGCUCAGACAGAAGUUUGAGAGAGCCAAAAUUGGGCCCAAGACCACGGACGGCUCCUCCUCAAAUGCCAUCUCCAAAUUCGACAACAACGGAAACCGGGACCGCAUGAAACUCUCCGACUUCAACUUCCUCAUGGUGCUGGGAAAGGGCAGCUUUGGAAAGGUGAUGCUGGCUGAACGGAAGGGCACAGAAGAGCUAUAUGCUAUAAAGAUCUUGAAGAAAGACGUGGUGAUCCAGGAUGAUGAUGUGGAAUGCACUAUGGUGGAGAAGAGAGUAUUGGCCCUGUCAGGAAAACCACCCUUCCUCACCCAACUCCACUCCUGCUUCCAGACCAUGGAUCGCCUCUACUUCGUCAUGGAGUACAUUAAUGGAGGAGAUCUCAUGUACCAGAUUCAGCAGGUCGGCAAGUUCAAAGAGCCCCACGCUGUGUUCUACGCAGCAGAGAUUGCAAUAGGACUGUUCUUCUUGCACCUGAAGGGUAUCAUUUACAGGGACCUGAAGCUGGAUAACGUGAUGCUGGACCAUGAAGGCCAUAUUAAGAUAGCUGACUUUGGCAUGUGUAAGGAAAACAUGUUGGAAGGUGUUACCACAAAGACUUUCUGCGGAACCCCUGACUACAUCGCUCCCGAGAUCAUUGCCUACCAACCGUAUGGCAAAUCCGUGGACUGGUGGGCAUUUGGAGUGCUGCUCUACGAGAUGCUGGCAGGACAGCCCCCGUUUGAUGGGGAGGAUGAAGAUGAGCUGUUUCAGUCCAUCAUGGAGCACCACGUGUCCUAUCCCAAAUCCAUGUCCAAGGAAGCUGUGGCCAUCUGCAAAGGGCUGAUGACCAAGCACCCAGGCAAGCGUCUGGGCUGUGGACCUGAGGGGGAGCGCGACAUCAGGGAGCAUGCCUUUUUCCGCUACAUGGACUGGGAGAAACUGGAGAACAAGGAGGUGCAGCCGCCAUUCAAACCAAAAGCUUGUGGCCGGGACGCUGAGAACUUUGACCGCUUUUUCACCCGUCACCCCCCGGUACUCACUCCUCCAGACGAGGAGGUCAUCAGGAACCUCGACCAAGACGAGUUUGAGGGCUUUUCCUUCAUAAACCCCCAAUUUCACAUCACGGAGGCCCAAAGUUAA